UGUUUCACACUGCAGGCACAUUCAAAGGAAUCCUGUUGUUGUCUGCCUGGAAAAACAGCACUGCUGGUGUUUGUGUCAUGGUGUGAGAGGGAAGUGCUGUCCCUGGACCUGACACAGGGCAUUUUUUCUGUGAGAUUCUGGUGAAGAAAAGCUCCAAGUGUCUCCAGUGGACUCCUGAGUCAUGUGCAUUGGACUGUGAACUUCAGAGUUAUUCAUUGACCAUGGAUGAGCACAGUGGAAAAAGGAAGUUCACUUCACACCAGAGUUUCCUUAGCCUGUGUGGGAUUUUCCUCCCUCCACAAGCAGUGGGUUAUAGAUGAGGAAAAUCUCUGCAGUGGGUGCAGGGUUUUGGGCUUCACCUAUUUCCAAUUAAACUGAAAAUAUCCAGGUAAAUAGGGAUCUGAUUUAUGUGUUGGAGAGGGACUGUUUAUAGGAGGAUGUAGUGAAGGGACAAGGGGGAAUGGCUGCAAACUGACAGAGGACAGAGUUAGAUUGGAUAUUGAGAUGAAAUUCUUGGGAAGAAGGUCCCUAUCCUUUUAGCAGGAGCUGGGAAGGUCAGCACAUCUCAGGAAGGGAUUACUCAGUGUAAAACAUGGCCAUGUGUGCUUAUCCUUGCUGAAAGAAUUGUUCUUAAUGCUGCUUUGUGGGUCCAAACCACAUCUUUCGAUGCAAGGGGGUGCUUCACCAUACUGCUGCUUUAUCUGGAGGCUUUAUUUAUUUAUUUGAGUUAAAACCUCUCCACAGCACCACAGGUCUCCUAGAGAGGAGGGCACAGGAAAACCAUUGUUUGGCCAUUGCAGGAAACCCAUUGUCUGGUCUGUCAAGGCAGGAAUGUCCCCCUCAGUCUUUGCUUCUGAUCCUUUUCCAGUGGACAAACACCUCUGCAGCUGUAGGACACCAACACUGAAGUGCAGUAGCAAAAUAAUCCUCUGAAGAAGAAGAAGAAGAAGAGGAUUAUUUGCAGGCUCAUUCUUCAGUAAUGGAUUCUUCUCUCUUAGUGCUUUAGUGCUCAUGGGCCAUUUGUUCUCCUCUUGAAAUUCCCAGAUCUCAACUGGGAGCAGCUGCAGAAGGGAGGGGAGUUGGGAAGCACCACAGAGAGCCAGGAGCCAACAAAUCAUCUCAGCACCUAAAUGAGGCAUUAAGUCAGAUCUAUUGCUCUGUCUGGAACCUCACCAGGGAACACAAGUGUUAGAAAUGGCAGAAAAGGUGAAUAACUUCCCACCACUCCCCAAGUUUAUCCCUCUGAAACCAUGUUUCUACCAGAAUUUUGCUGAUGAAAUUCCCAUCGAUUACCAGUUCCUGGUGAAGAGAAUCUAUCAUGUGUGGAUCUUUUACUGCAUCACGCUGGCCGUGAACCUCAUCGCCUGCCUGGCCUGGUGGAUUGGGGGAGGCUCUGGGGCCAACUUUGGCCUGGCCAUCCUCUGGCUCAUCCUCUUCAGCCCCUGUGGUUACAUCUGCUGGUUCCGACCCGCCUACAAAGCCUUUCGGUCGGACAGUUCCUUUAAUUUCAUGGCCUUUUUCUUCAUCUUUGGGGCUCAGUUCCUCCUCACGGUCCUGCAGGCGAUCGGCUUCUCCGGAUGGGGAGCGUGUGGAUGGUUGGCAGCCAUCACCUUCUUCAGCACCAGCGUGGCAGCUGCUGUGUUCAUGCUGUUCCCUGCCAUCAUGUUCACCAUGUCAGCAGUUGCCAUGUGCAUCUGCAUUAUAAGGGUACACAAAAUCUACCGAGGGGCUGGUGGAAGCUUCCAGAAGGCUCAAGAUGAGUGGAACAGCGGCGCAUGGAGGAACCCUCCCAGCAGGGAAGCCCAGUACAGCAAUUUUUCUGGGAACAGCCUGCCAGAGUAUCCCACAGUGCCCAACUACCCCUCUGCAAACCAAUGGCCUUAAGCAGCAACAGCUGCAAACUGCCUGGAGUCUCUCCUUUUUGGUCUUUUUAUUCUUGUUCUUGGAAAAGAUCUUUUGCAUUCCCCCCCAAGCACCCCACUCAUCUCGAGGACCUUCCUGGUUCUUGUCUCCUGAUCCCUGAGGAAUAUCCUGCUCUCAGCCCUCCCACCUCCACUGCACUGCACGGCCAUGGCAGAAAGCUUUUUGUUUGCCUUGAGUCACCAGUAUUUGCCUCGUUGCAGACUGAGAACAAACCCUUCACUGCCCUUGCUUGAGGGAAUCCUCUCCUGAGCAUCCCUGGAAAAGGCUCAGCUUCCCCACGAUGGCAACACUCCCACAGCUGCUCCUACCCCUGCUCCUGCUCAGCUCCCAUGGAAUGCCCAGCACAGCACCACACCUUCUGUAGCAAAAGCAAUCAGAGCAACUGGUGUUUACUCUCCUGGAUGAAUAAUGUGGAAUUUUUCACUCUAAGGGAAAUGCAGCACUUAAAUUAUUUGGUACUGGUGAGGCUGAAGUGAUUUGUGAAAGCUCCACCCUCCGUGGGAGGAUCCUGCAGGUAACAGAGGUGCCCUGGGUGAGUCCUCGGAUGGGAAACCCCACAAGUCCUCCUUGCCUGGCUCAGACUGUUGUGAUGCUGCAGCUCUUGCUUUCCCUGCUGCCAAAACCUCUUGCUGGAUCUGUGUGUUCCAAAGGUGCAGAUUCAUCUCCUUAGGUCCAUGAUUGCUUGCUCAAGCCUGAAUCAAAGCCCAGUGGAAACCAGUGCAGAGCUGACACUGGGCCUUGGUGAUGCUCACCCUGGGGCUCAGCACAAGAUUUCCCCACCAUGAAACUUCCAGCCAGGUUUUGUGCUGGAUGCAAAAUAAUGAUUGAUCUCAGUGCUGGAGCCCCAGUGUGGUUUGGAAAUGCUUCUGUUACAAUGAAUAGUUUAAUUCUGCCUUCUGCUGGUGUAGCUGAACUCCAGAUAUUACAGUGGGGUCUGGGAGACCAAGGGAAGCUUGUUAGUCCUCAUGGCUGCUGUUGGCUGGCAGGAUUUCCAUGAGAGAGAGAUUCCUGCCUUUCUCCAGCCAUCAGCUGAAGGGAGGAUGAAGCUGUUGAGAGGGAUUGUUUUCCCUGAGGUUAUCCUCCACCUUGUCAUUCAUCUCCAUUCUGUGCAUGAGCCAUCCAAUUCCCUGUGUCCUACAGCGACCCAGGCAGCAAAGGCUGCAGUUUCCUCUUCCCCCUUAGCCUGCUGUGAAUUUUUUAAAACCUGUCUAAACUGGGAGGUCAGUUCCCAAUUUUUUUAUAGGGAGUGAGUGUUCCAAGUCUUUGGCUCUCAAAGUUUUGGCCAAUGAUCCAGAGUGCUCUAUUUGGGAGACCAAGGAGGGGUUGGGCACCCUGGGGAUCAGACCCAGAGCCUGCUGCCUUGGCAGGCUGUUGUUGGGGUUAUUCCAAAUUCCCAAAUUCACACUGAGCAACUGGAAAACAACACUGGCUCCUGGAAAGGGACAGGGACAUGGUACUAGCUAGGUGGAAUUGAUUUGCAAGUGAUCUUUUGAAAUUUUUUCUCUACAUGUGCCUUAUCUAAUGAAAUCACGGCUCACAGAGGAGAGCUCCUGCUUGCCCCUGCAGAAUUUCCCUGUUAACUUGUCCUGUGUCAAACUGUAAAUAAUGAGGGAAGCACAGCCUGGAGUCUGCAUGACCCCUGUGUUACCAGGGCCAAAGCAAAAACCACCCCAGAUUUCCCCAAAUUUCCCCAAAUUUCCGUUUACAGCCACACUGACCCCCCUGCACUGGCUCUGGGACGUGCUCCCAACACCAGGGGUUUUCCUGGAGAGUGUGCAAUGUGCUUGGCAGGAGGAGCUCUUGGAGCCUUCUGAACAGAACAUGACCUGAUGGCAUUGUGAAGCUUUUAGGUGCCUUUGUCUAAUGUCAGGUGUAAUUUUAAGUGUUCUUUGUCGCUUGCCAUCGGAGUGAUGGAAGAACU